UCUAGAAGAGUUGUGGACCAAUUCUAAGGACGGAAAAGGAGUGUGCUAUCUGCCUGCUGAACUAUAGGUUGUGGGCCGAUUUUGCUUAAGAUUAAUUUCCUGUCAGCAAACGCCUUGUGGAAGAUUCUCUAUCGUGAACAAGGUCCGGGAUUGUUGCCACCAAGGAUUGCGGAGUUUUCGUACACAAAUCCUUCAAAGGAUCAAGAACAACUACAUCGGUCUGACAGUGGAGUCUGGGUCUGCAUGUGGAUGUAUGGCGCAAGCUGGGACUCCUCCUAUAUUUGGCCAUGCACUCAAGUGAGGAAGAUGCAGAUUGCUUUGUACCUUGUUCGAGAGCCCAUGAACUACAUAAGGCAUACAGUGCUCACGGAAGCAAGAACAGUUGCACCUCAAGUUGAAGCUGCAGUUGAAGAGUACAAGAAAGCCCAUGAAAGGAGAAAAAGGAAAGAGAAGAGCACAAGGAAACCCAGUCGAAGAGCCCAAGGACAACCUGAUUUUGCGUUUUUUUUUCAAGAUGAUGGACAACCAUGUUAUGUUUUUUUUUUCAAGAUGAUGGACAACCAUGUUAUGUUUUGUUUUUCAAGAUGAAGGACAACCAUUUUCGGUUUGGUGAAUGCUUUCUAUAUUUGUUUUUUCGUGGAAACUAUAUUGACUUUUCAUAAAGGAG